AUGGGUGCGGGACAGUCAACCGAUUAUAGUGGAGCGUCUCCAGAGGAGCUGAGCUACAUGCUGGCGGAACGCUUCGCGACAAAAUGUUUCUCGCCAUUGGAACUCACACAUUUCAAAGACAACUUCUUCUCUCGGGCCUCAGAGCAAGGGGGUAUCCGUUACUGGAAUGAAAAGACUUUAUCAGACUUCCUGGGGGUCCCAGACGGCAGCUUCUCCGGUGCGGAUGAGGCUCCGCUUGAUGCAGGACCUGUUCUAUUCCGCAUGGUUUCCUACCUCGGUGCAUUUCCAUUUCAAAGUACCUUGGCACCGAGCGUUUUGACAUUCGAGGCCAUGGUCAAAGUGGUGGUGCUCCUAACUGAGCGCUACGGAAAAGUCCUCCGGCGAGGGCGCAAAGAUCGCAUCAAGCUGCUCUUUGGUAGCCUUGCUGAUGUUGGGAGGAAAGAUGUUGAGCUUCCGUCUGAUAAGCAUGCCGAGAACAAAGAGUCGGGAUCUGAGGAAAGUCCUGAGCCCUGCCCUGCCAAGUCCCAUGCGCCAGGCUUCUCUAUCGACGAGCCUGCCAAUGACGAGUAUGAUGAGGAUGAGGAUGAUGACCUUGCCCUCGCGGCAUUAGAGUCUCUUGAUGCGAUUGAAGUGUUCAAGCACGAUCAUCGCGUGGACAGGACAGUCUAUGAAACACGCAUUUCUGUUGAUACCUUCCGUCGACUGCUCAUGUUGUUGCUCGUCAUUGCGCCUUUGAAGCCGCUUGAACCUGUCAAGACGUAUACGUCUGAUCUUGAUUCCGAGCGAAUUGAGGCAAUUCGAAAGGAGGCAGACAGUAUACUUGCCGCAUUCCGACCAGAAGAAAGUGAUGGCGGGAUAACCUACAGAGCAUUUGCGCGAACAAUCUCGACAUCCUUACCGUAUCUCUUCGAUCCUCUAACGGCAUUGUUCGAGCACAUGCUGUUCAGUAAGAACCUGAACCUUUCUCAAAGACGACCGAGCGAAGGAAGCUUCGAGUCGGCAAUUCUCAAUUCGACGAUCCUUUCACACAUUUCAUUCUUCCUACCCUCAAAGGGGCAAUCCAUGAACCUCUUCAAGAGUGGCAUUCGUCUCCAUCCCGUUUUCUCCACAGCCACCCACGGUUCCUCGUUAACGUCCUUCUCCCACAACGUUCUCACCUGGCAAUCAGCCAAUCUCCUCAUACUACAAGGUGCAACAGAAGGACCGAAUGAGGAAACCGUUACAAUCGGCGCCUACCUCCCUCAAUCCUGGAAAUCAUCCUCAUCACACAGCUCAUCCUCUAGUUCCGACCCACUUCCAUGCCUCUUCCAACUCUCGCCCAAACACCAAGUCCUACCCGGAAACCCAUCCCCAUCAGUCCAAAAACAAGCCAACCUCCCACCAGCCUGGUUCUCAACACACACCGGCAUAGCAAUAGGCUGUCAGAUCCCACCAGCCUCACGCAGCCACCACACCCCUCCCGCUCCCCACGGAGCCGCAAGUCUAACAAUCGACGUAAACCUCGAAUCCGCCGAGUUCCGCAUCGAACCAGUCGGCCAUGACGGCGUCUUCCUCCCAUCCGGAACGACAUCAAUGGAAGAUCCCUCCGUCAAGAUCCGUCUCGACCUUUAUUCUCUUGAGAUCUGGGGCGUGGUUCCGGAUCCUGAGCUGGCGGCUUCUUCGGAACUCAAUUCGAGUGCCGUUGAGGUUCAGCGGGCGAAGUGGGAAUUUGAGGCUCGGGAGGCUGAGAGAAGGCGCAAUAUUAAUCUUAAGACUGGGGCGGGGGAUUCGGCAAAGGAGAGUGCUAGGUGGUUGUUGGAGACGGCGGGGAUUAUUGGGGAUCAUGGACAGUAUUCGGGUGGUAGCACUUGA